AUGAAGCACGAGGACGGUAAAGGAGCCCCGUUUCAAGUACCCAAUACAUUUCGGGCAUGGGACGGUAAGGGAUGGCCGGGGUACGUACCGGGGACGUUGAGCAAAUAUCCCAUGGUGAAUAGUUGCUUUAACGAAGAGUCGGUUGAAGUAAUCCUUCGAGGUUCCCAUAACAUUGGAAUUGCCAUGGCCACUCCAUACGGCUUAGUGGUGCCAAACAUAAAGAAUGUUCAGUCUCUUUCUAUCUUGGAGAUUACGAAGGAACUUUCGCUGUUACAGCAAUUGGCUCUGGACAAUAAGCUCAGUCCCAAUGAUAUAUCCGGUGGAACAAUAACACUAAGCAACAUCGGAGCCAUUGGUGGAAAAUUCGGUGCCCCCAUCGUUAACUUGGCUGAAGUAGCCAUCAUCGCAAUGGGUAGAAUACAGAAACUUCCACGAGUGGCAGAUGACGGAGACAUUUAUUCUGCCUUAAUCAUGACUGCUAACAUAGGUGCGGAUCACAGAGUCAUGGACGGAGCAACCGUCACGAGAUUUUGCAACUAGUGGAAAAGGUUCAUCGAGAAGCCGGAGCUCCUCAUGUUGCAUAUGAAAUGAAUGCCCUAGUUAUGGUAGCAUUUGGC